AGAGGUUCAGAGAGAAGCGGCUCACAGGGAAGAGACAAUACCCAUAAGGCUUUAUUUCAGAUGAAUCUGAAGACCGAAAAGCUGUUUGUUUAGACGUUUCAAAGUUUUUAGAGUCGGAAAAGUCCUUCGCUUGAUUGCUGGAGGGAAACCUACCUUCAUCUAAAAUCAAAGAAGGAGAAACUGAAAAGUUUCUGUCAUUCAGAUUUGACUGCAGCACUGGAGAAACUAUCUUUGAAUUUUUUCCAAAGACACUGACAGGAUAAUAUAAACAAAAGUUUAAAAAAAGAAGAAGUUUGGAGGAACUAUCUAUCUUUACAGCUAUGAGGAUCUUCAACAAGCACCUGCGGCUUCAGGAUGUCACCAUCAUGUACUUCACGGCUCUGGCUGCACUGAUGGUCAUUUUGGUGGCUUCUUACCAGGCACCCUCUGUUCCUGUUGAUGUGUCGAGUAUCAAACAAAGUCCCUCCAGAUCUCUCCCGCCUCUCCCCAUGCCUUUCCGCGCACCCCUUGACCCCCACGGCGAGCUUCUGCUAGCCUGGAACAUCAGCUACGCCAAACAGGAGAUCUACAUGGAGCUGCAGGUGGCGAAGCUCAAACACGGAGUGGUCCUGGGGAUGUCUGACCGCGGUGAGCUGACCAAUGCGGAUUUGGUGGUGCUGUGGGAUUCUGGGACCAAGAGUUACUUUGGGGAUGCAUGGAGUGACAGUGAGGGUCAUGUAUCGCUGGACAGCCAACAAGACUAUGAGCUGAUUGAGGCCAAAGAAAAAGCGGAUGGAUUCUAUCUGCUCUUCAAAAGACCGUUUAGCACCUGCGAUCCUAAAGACUACCUCAUAGAGGAAGGAACUGUGCACAUCAUCUAUGGGCUCCUGGAUCAGCCUCUUGCCUCUCUGGAGGAGCUGAACCUUUCCAGGAUCCACACAGGACUGCAGCGGGUGUUGAUGCUUCGUCCCGAUGACCCGUCGCCCACUCUGGGCCCAGAUGUGCAGACAAUGGAUGUCGUGGCCCCUGAUGUCAUCAUACCGAGUCAGGAGACCACCUACUGGUGCUUCAUCCAAAAGCUGCCUGAAAACAUGCCCAAGAAUCACAUCGUCAUGUAUGAGUCAGUGAUAACUCCAGGUAACGAGGCCAUUGUACAUCACAUCGAAGUGUUCGAAUGCUCCCCUGACAUGAAGGACGUUCCUCAAUACAGCGGCUCCUGUGACGACAACAUGAAACCACGAAAACUCAACUACUGCCGCCACGUUCUGGCCGCAUGGGCCAUGGGAGCAGAGGCUUUCUACUAUCCUCCGGAUGCUGGCUUAGCGAUGGGCGGUCCGGGUUCCUCAAAGUUCCUUCGCCUGGAGGUCCAUUAUCACAACCCUCUUCUCAUUGCCGGUCGGCAUGACUCAUCGGGGAUCCGGCUGCACUACACCCGCCGCCUGAGGCCCUAUGACGCAGGGAUCAUGGAGCUGGGCCUCGUUUACACUCCUGUCAUGGCUAUUCCUCCUAAACAACGUAUUUUUUACCUCACCGGGUACUGCACAUCCAAGUGUACUCAGACUGCUUUGCCUCAAGGGGGAAUCUAUAUCUUUGCAUCCCAGCUGCACACCCACCUGGCAGGUCGUGGGGUGAGGACUGUUCUGGUGAGGGGGGGCAAGGAGGUGGAGAUGGUACAGGAAGAUCAGCACUUCAGCACACACUACCAGACUAUCAGAGUUCUGCGGAAGAUGGUGAACGUUUUACCUGGCGAUGUCCUCUUAACAAAGUGUACUUACAACACAGAAGACAGGAGCAAGCCCACAGUGGGAGGCUUUGGCAUCAUGGAGGAGAUGUGUGUCAACUACAUUCACUACUACCCUCGUACUCAGCUGGAGCUCUGCAAAAGCCACGUCGACAUGGGAUACCUGCAGAAAUACUUCAAUUUCAUCAACAGGUUCCAUGGAAAUGAGCAGUGUGUUUGCGGCGAGGUGGAUGUGACUCAGCAGUUUUCUCAGUUGCACUGGGAUGACUUCACAGGAGAAGUGCUAGACUCUCUUUACAACACGGCGCCCAUCUUCAUGCACUGCAAUCAGUCGACUGCACGCCUCUUUCCUGGCGAGUGGGAAAAACAGCCUAUACCAGUGGUGACCUCCAUCCUCGACAAACCGCACUACCCCUGUGAGGGAGGGGCGGUCCCCACCGGCUGACCGGUCUAUGCAGACGGUUCUGGAGGUUCCGAAAAGCAUGGAGUGGAUAUCAAGCUUUGGGAAAAUUAAACAAGCCCCUGUGAUGUGGUUCACUACCACUUUAUUUUAUCUCCUCUGGCUGUCAAAGUCGUCUAGUAUGUGCUGUAAUAAACGCUUCUGUAAACAA